AUGGCGUACUUCACCAACCUCGAAGCCGCCAUGCGAUCCACAGAUUGGGAUAAGCUGAAAGAGCUUGCCCCUACAACCCUUCUCAUCGUCAUCACGAUCGGAUUCGUCGGGACUGUCCUCGCCAACAUCCUCCGCAGAGUCGAGGAGGAUCCCAUCGAUCGUCAGACGAGAAUCAACACCGCCAAGAACCGACCGAAGAAACGUACGACCAUCAACCACUUCGCCGCCAAUUCCGUCCACAUUUUCAACAACCAAAGUCCCGAUCAAGUUGGCGUUGAGUCCCUCAGACGCCUUAGCGAAGCCGUCAACAAUUCCACAUCGGAUGGGUGCAAGUUGGUCCCGGAGAGAUCGGAUCAAGGAAUCCAGUCUCCCGAAUACACCUCCCAGGCUUCUCCACCUCCAGACGAUGAUGACGACCUAAGGGAACCCACCCCGCGCGAGUUUCGAGGUUCCUUGAGCGAAACCGCUCGGGCCAACUCUGUCCAUAUCCGAUUCCGCACUCGCGACAAUCCAACCGGAAGUACUUUGAUGAUGUUCUCGAAUACGAAAACGGUCGGAGACGUCUUUGCUUGGAUCAGGAGUCAGUCUCUUCUGUCUGAAGGGAAGGAAGGUCUGGAGCUUCGGCUGCUUGAUGAUGAGAGAGGGCGGACUGGCCGAGCGAUAGGGGUGGAUUGGAGCCAUUUCAUGAUUGGGAAGGGGCAUUUGGAUCUAGAUGGUGGUGAGUUUUUGAUCGACUUCUUCGAGAAGGAUUGA